AUGGAUCGACAAUCUGUUUAUUCUCUUAGCGUUCUGCCGCCAGACUAUGAUAAUGAGCAGGAUACCAGGGGGCAGGUGCAGGCACAGCUUGAACAGUUUAUUUUGCAGUUUCGACUUGAUAAUGCUUUUAUUUACAGAGAUCAAAUUCGAGAGAAUGUGCUGCUUAAACAGUACUAUUGCGACGUAGAUGUCGGACAUCUUAUCUCCUUUAACGAGGAACUGGCACAUCGACUUACGACAGAACCUGCGGAGAUUAUUCCUCUGUUCGAAGCCGCACUAAAGAAAUGUACACACCGAAUCGUUUACCCCUCAACGAAAGAUAUUACAAUUCCAGAACACCAACUCCUCCUCCACUCCUCAGCUGAGCCUACUUCAAUACGAGAUCUUGAUGCUCUCAAAAUUUCACGUCUCGUACGAGUCCCCGGGAUCGUCAUUGGUGCUUCCGUGUUAUCAUCAAAAGCAACCGCUCUCCAUAUACAAUGCCGAAAUUGUCGCCAGACGAAGAUUUUACCUGUGGCUGGUGGUUUCAGUGGUGUAUCUCUUCCACGCAUUUGUGACAGGCCAAAAAUGCCUGGAGAAGACGGAUGUCCUAUGGAUCCAUACGUUGUUAUCCACGAGAGCAGUCAAUUCGUUGAUCAGCAGAUUAUUAAGUUACAGGAAGCUCCUGAUCAGGUACCCGUUGGAGAGCUUCCUCGACAUGUGCUUAUCUCGACAGACCGUUAUUUGACAAACAGAGUGGUUCCUGGAACCAGAUGUACAGUGCAUGGCAUCUUCUCCAUUUACCAGAAUAAACAAUCGAAAGGAUCUUCAUCUACUUCAGCUGUUGCGAUUAGGACACCAUAUUUACGAGCCGUAGGGAUUCACAGUGAUGUCGACCAUACCGCAAAAGGAAAUGCGAUUUUCUCGGAGGAGGAAGAACAGGAGUUUUUGGAAAUGAGCCGUAGACCAGAUCUUUACCAAGUCUUUGCAAAGUGCAUAGCACCAUCCAUUUAUGGGAAUGACGAUAUUAAGAAAGCAAUCGCAUGCUUAUUGAUGGGCGGGUCAAAGAAGAUCCUACCAGAUGGGAUGAAGCUGCGUGGAGAUAUCAACGUACUGCUUCUGGGUGAUCCGGGUACUGCGAAAUCUCAAUUGUUAAAAUUCGUCGAAAAGGUCUCGCCAAUCGCUAUUUACACUUCUGGAAAGGGUUCUUCAGCCGCCGGUUUGACUGCUUCUGUUCAAAGAGAUCACACAACACGAGAAUUCUAUCUGGAAGGUGGUGCAAUGGUUUUGGCUGACGGAGGUGUUGUUUGUAUCGAUGAGUUCGACAAGAUGAGAGACGAAGACAGAGUUGCGAUCCACGAGGCUAUGGAACAACAAACGAUCUCGAUUGCCAAAGCUGGUAUUACCACAAUUCUGAACUCCCGGACGUCAGUUCUUGCUGCAGCCAAUCCCAUUUUCGGCCGUUAUGAUGAUUUGAAGACGCCGGGAGAGAAUAUCGAUUUCCAAACAACCAUUCUUUCCAGAUUCGAUAUGAUCUUCAUUGUCAAAGAUGACCACAACCGCGCUCGAGACGAGACCAUCGCUAAGCACGUCAUGGCCAUUCAUAAAGGAGGGCAUGGUGUUGAAGAGCAAGCCGAGUCAGAAAUCUCAGUCGAUAAAAUGAAGCGAUACAUCAGCUACUGCAGAUCACGAAUGGCACCACGCCUCUCUCCUGAAGCCAGCGAAAAACUCUCCUCUCACUUCGUCUCCAUCCGCAAACAAGUCCACGCCGCCGAGCUCGAAGCUAACGCACGCUCAUCCAUCCCCAUCACAGUCCGUCAACUUGAAGCCAUCAUCCGCAUCACCGAAUCGCUCGCCAAGCUCUCCCUCUCCCCCAUCGCAGACGUCUCUCACGUCGACGAAGCCAUCCGACUCUUUCUCGCCUCUACCAUGGACGCAGUAACCAUGGGUUCCACGCAAGGAAGCAAGGAAUUGAAUGAAGAAGUGAAUAAGCUUGAGGAUGAACUUAAGAGACGAUUGCCGAUUGGCUGGAGUACUAGUCUGGCGACACUGAAGAGGGAGAUGGUUGAAGGGAAGGGGUUCAGUGAACAGGCCCUUGUGAGGGCGAUUACGAUUUUGGAGAGGAGGGAUACGGUUACUAUCCGUAACCAAGGUGCGCAGGUUUAUAGGAGUGGUGCUUAG